AUGGCUGAGGUGGCACUAGCCGUGAUCCCGAUCUGCCUCUCUGCCAUACAUGGAGCAUCGGUAGUAAGGGCAAAGCUUAGGAUUCUCCGGCGGCACGAUAGGGAGGUCGACCUCGUCCGUCGAAGGUUCCGGACCCAGGCCGAUAAUUUCCAAGAUGAGCUGUGUUGGGUACUCCUUCUCGCGUGCGAGGAUCAAGGGGUGUUAACCAGAGGCCGGGCGGAGGCCAUGGUCUUCGACAGCAAAGCUCUAGAAUGGGAGUCUAUGCGGGUGGAGGUUGCUCAAUCAUUAUGCAAGUAUCUUGGGACCAGGAUGGAUCGGUUUAAGGAAUGCAUCGAGGAGUUUGAGUCCACCGUUCGCAGGACAAAGUCCGCCAAAGAUGCAUUCCGAAUCGCUUUCAAGAAACAAGACUUCAUGGACCAGAUCAACAUCAUGAAGGAGAUGAACGCGCAGAUGAGAAAUUUAAGAGAAGCAUCCGCUUUCUUUAGCGAACGCAGUGCUCGGAGAUCGUCACACACAUCCUCGGGGGAGUCUCCACCUCCCGAAUACUCCGUCGUCGCCGUCCGUUCAUCUACAAGUCACCCUCGAUCGAUCCCGACCCCUCCAGGCCAAACAAGUCGCGAAAUUCUUAGACAUUAUAAACGCACGAGGUCGCUGUUGACAGGGUUCCUCGAUGGGCUUUCAACACAGUGGUCCUGUGGUGAUAGUACCCAUGAGCGCCAUACCGCAAAGGUACUACUGCGGUGCCUACAAUGCGGGAGUGGGGAUGCCGCCGUGGGCCUCUUACUGGAAUGUGCUGGCCAGGGGCGCCAGUUUCCCGCCCAUUCUCCCAACUGUCGCACUCUCCCAUUCCAGGUCAAAAGGUCGUCGAUACACCAGUGUCAUGGUCUCCUGUCUCCUGCCGCUAGCCUCGGUGGUGAUCCUUUCUCAGACCCGAUAUACUACAUGGAUGAGGAUGUUCCAUCGCCCAAAAGACGGAGAACUCUCACCUCAACCAGCAGUGACGACGAGGCGUCGACACUUGGGCCUGGGGUAACGCAUAUUGUUCCCAAAGAUGGUGAUAGCGUCUGCGGGCUGCUCAACCAGGCGAACAACCUGAUAGCGCUCGGCGAAUUUGAGAUAUCAAGGAAGUCUCGCUUUGAGUUCGACGACGCUGUCCAGGACGUUGAGAGCCUAGUGAAUACUGGCCAUCCAGUGGCCCUGUCAGCUCUCCUUGAACUCCCCGUCUACGAUGUCGUUUCCGACCGACACCGUAUCGCGGUGGCGUUAACGCUUGUCAAGGCCGUGUUGAAAUUCCACUCCACGCGCUGCUGGCCAGAGGGCUGUCUUAUGUCCCAAGUACAGUUCUACACCGAAAGAGACGACGACCCAGACCUCGCAGCAUGCCUCCACACUCUACACCUAACAGCCGACAUGUCUACCCCCGACCUGGAAAUGGACGCCGGGAUAGCGGCGGGCAAGGCCAACAACAGGUUGUCGAAGGAGGACAUCCGCCACGCCAAAGAGGCCUUCGGCAUAGAAAACAUGCUCCUGUACUGUGUUGGCGUCGCUCUCCUACAAAUCGGCAUAUGGGACACGGUGCCAUGGAAAGACGUGAUCACAGUUCGUCGGAGGAUGGGGCGACUGUCGUUCCUUGGGGAAAAAUACCACAGGGUAACCAAGAAGCUGGUCAACUGCAAUUUCGAAUCAGCAAGCAGCCUCUCAAACGAAAAUCUUCAAGCGGCCAUCAUCGACGAAGUCAUUUUCGUCCUGCAGGCCAUGUCUGACGAUUUGGCGAAGGAAGUGGAGCCGAGAAGCUGGCCGGAAGCUGGCCCUAGUAGUUUCUCUGCUCCCAUCAUGACCUGA